AUGAAAAUCAUGAAUAUCGUCCAAGUCGCUACCAGGAAGUUGAAAAAGCCUACCGGAAUGUGCGCCCUGUCAAAUUCAAUACCUGCUUUCACUCGAUCCAUGAAAUUCCAGCCCACUGGAGAGGCCAACAUCGUUUACACCCUUCAGAGGCUCCUUAUUCUACAGGUCAUUCAGCUGGCAUCAACACAAGCCAGACUCCUCAUCGCAGCCUCUGGUAGUUCCAUCAUCACAGGUGUACCAAAUCGAGCAUACCGAGAAGACAUCGAGGAUGAGAUACUGCCACAGUUAUCAGCUCUCCAAUUCCCGCCCCAGGGGUUGUCCAUGCGUUUGGAUGCAUGCUCGCCCAAGGAUGGCCGUCAAACUGUACCGGGAAGAUUGUCACUACACUCACCAAACGACAUCAUUAUUCGAUUGACUACGUCACAGCGAGUACGCAGCGAAAUGAUGAAAAGUCUUGAGGAAGGAAAACCUAUUGUUAAGCUCUUUUUCCUUCCCUUUAUUGAUCGUAUGGGGAGCACAAGAGAAUACCGAGUAUACUGUGCACCAGUGAUGGGGACCAUUACGGCAGUUAGUCAAUAUUGCUGGCAUCAACCUUGGUUUUUCACGACUCAAAACCAGGAGAACAGUCGCAAGGUGGCAUCAAACAUCUGGGGCGGCAUCCAGAAGAUUCAUCAAGAUAUCAUGGAAGAUCUAGUUAGAUCUCAUAAAUCGGAUGGAUCAGCUCCUGUUGGAACAAGGAUACUCUUUUGA